CCAAAAGCUCAAGAAAUUGAACCUUUUGGUAAUUUGGACAUAGAUGAUGACUCACUUGGACGUUAUCUCCGAAAAAGGAGCAAACCCAACCAUUUCCGGACUUCAGUUCCAGAAAAUCUCCAAAACCUUCAUAGUUGAUCCUUCUCACUUCUCCAAAACCAUAUAGAAACCUAAUCAUGCUGCUUCAAUUCACCAUUUCGCAGUCUCCUCUACAGCGCCACCAUAUUCCUCUCUCCUUCCCGUCCGGGUUUCUCAGCUCGACAUUUCUUCGAACAGUUAGAGGUCACAAGAAUCCGGUUGUUAGAUGUUCGGCAUCACAGGUUCGCAGCCACAGAGCCGGGGAGUACGGGAGGAGGAGGCCUAUCUCGAAAUGGAGCGGCAUAUUCAAGAGGAUAUCGCUGAUGGAGGACCCGGAAAUGGGCGCUGCGAGCGUGUUGAACCAGUGCGAGAGGGAGGGGAAGCGACUCACCAAGUGGGAACUUUGGAGGAUUGUCAAAGAGUUGAGGAAAUUCAGGCGUUACAAGCUUGCCCUUGAGGUAUAUGAUUGGAUGAAUAACAGAGUGGAGAGGUUUAGAAUAUCAACCAGUGACACAGCUAUUCAACUAGAUCUAAUUUCCAAAGUGCGUGGUAUUUUAAAUGCUGAAGAUUACUUCCUGAAGCUGCCAGAUAGAUUGAAGGACAAGCGAACAUAUGGAGCUCUUCUAAAUGCCUAUGUCCAGGCUAAAAUGAGAGAGAAGGCUGAAUCUUUAAU